GGGCUCGGCGCGGGCUGCGACGCGGACGCUGCGAGGGCGGCCACACUGGUUCUACGGCGUGCCGCGUCCCGCGAUGAAGCCGCCCAUUUCAAUACAAGCAAGUGAGUUUGAUUCUUCAGAUGAGGAGCCCAUUGAAGAUGAACAGACUCCAAUUCAAAUUUCAUGGCUACCUCUGUCACGAGUGAAUUGUUCUCAGUUUCUUGGUCUAUGCGCUCUUCCAGGUUGUAAAUUUAAAGAUGUUAGAAGAAAUAUUCAGAAAGAUACAGAGGAACUAAAGAGCUACGGAAUCCAAGACGUGUUUGUUUUCUGCACCAGAGGGGAACUGUCAAAAUACAGAGUGCCAAACCUUCUGGACCUCUACCAACAGUACGGACUUGUCAGCCACCACCAUCCAAUCCCAGAUGGAGGGACUCCUGACAUAGGCAGCUGCUGGGAGAUGAUGGAGGAGCUGGCCGCUUGCCUCAGAGACAGCCGGAAGACCCUCAUACACUGCUAUGGAGGACUUGGAAGAUCUUGUCUUGUAGCUGCUUGUCUCCUCCUAUACUUGUGUGACUCAGUGUCACCACAGCAAGCCAUAGACAGCCUUCGAGAUGUCAGGGGAUCUGGGGCAAUACAGACCAUCAAGCAAUAUAACUAUCUUCAUGAGUUCCGGGAUAAACUAGCUGCGUAUCUGUCAUCAAGAGACUCACUAUCAAGAUCUGUGUCCAGAUAAUGAAGAUUCCAAAGACACAACGACCCGACUGACCGCGAU